GGGAUGUCGGCGAAGGAGAGGCCAAAGGGCAAAGUGAUCAAGGACAGCGUCACCCUCCUGCCCUGCUUUUAUUUCGUGGAGUUGCCGAUACUGGCCUCCUCGGUCGUUAGCCUCUACUUCCUUGAACUCACCGAUGUCUUCAAACCCGUCCACUCCGGGUUCAGCUGCUAUGACCGGAGCCUCAGCAUGCCAUACAUCGAGCCAACCCAGGAGGCCAUUCCCUUCCUCAUGUUGCUUAGCUUGGCUUUUGCUGGACCUGCGAUUACGAUCAUGGUAGGGGAAGGAAUUCUCUAUUGUUGCCUGUCCAAAAGAAGAAAUGGAGUUGGACUGGAGCCCAAUAUUAAUGCUGGAGGCUGUAACUUUAACUCUUUUCUUAGAAGAGCCGUCAGAUUUGUUGGAGUUCAUGUCUUCGGACUCUGCUCCACAGCUCUCAUUACAGACAUUAUACAGCUGUCCACAGGAUAUCAAGCCCCCUACUUUCUGACGGUUUGCAAGCCAAACUACACCUCUCUGAAUGUAUCUUGCAAAGAAAAUUCCUACAUUGUGGAAGACAUAUGCUCAGGUUCUGACCUCACAGUAAUCAACAGUGGCAGAAAGUCCUUCCCUUCUCAACAUGCGACCCUCGCCGCCUUUGCUGCUGUGUACGUUUCAAUGUACUUCAAUUCCACGCUAACCGACUCCUCCAAGCUUCUAAAACCCCUCCUGGUGUUCACGUUCAUCAUCUGUGGCAUCAUCUGUGGGCUGACACGCAUCACUCAGUACAAGAACCAUCCAGUUGAUGUCUACUGUGGCUUUUUAAUAGGAGGCGGGAUUGCCCUGUAUUUGGGCUUGUACGCCGUGGGGAAUUUCCUCCCCAGCGAAGAGAGCCUGCUGCAGCACCGCGAGGCCCUGCGAUCUCUGGCCGACCUCACGGCCGACUCGGGCCGGGUGGUGUUAGCCAAGGCCGGAGGAGGAGGCGGCGGCAGCGACGGCCUGGCGCACCCGGAGGGCAUCCUCAGCCGCAAUCCCCGCGACUGCAGCUCGCUGAGCAACCUGAAGCGGGCCAACGCCGACGUGCAGAUCAUCACCCCCCGCAGCCCCAUGGGCAAGGAGAACAUGGUGACCUUCAGCAACACCCUGCCCCGGGCCAACACCCCGUCGGUGGAGGACCCGGUGCGCAGGAACGCCAGCAUCCACGCCUCCAUGGACUCGGCCCGCUCCAAGCAGCUGCUCACGCAGUGGAAGAGCAAGAACGAGAGUCGGAAGAUGUCUUUGCAGGUGAUGGACCUCGAGCCGGGACAGUCCCCGCCCCGCUCCAUCGAGAUGAGGUCCAGUUCCGAGCCGUCCAGGGUCGGGGUCAACGGAGACCACCACGGUCCCAGCCAGAACCAGUACCUGAAGAUCCAGGGGGGCGCGGUGCCCCCGGGGUGUACCAACAGCCUGGCGGGCGGCGGCCCGCGCGUGUCCAUCCAGUCCCGGCCCGGCUCGUCGCAGCUGGUGCACAUCCCGGAGGAGACCCAAGAGAACAUCCACGGCGCGUCCCCCAAGAGCAGCUCGGCCCGGGCCAAGUGGCUGAAGGCGGCCGAGAAGACGGUGGCCUGCAACCGCAGCAACAGCCAGCCCCGCAUCAUGCAGGUGAUCGCCAUGUCCAAGCAGCAGGGCGUGCUGCAGGGCAGCCCCAAGAGCACCGAGGGCAGCACCGUCUCCUGCACUGGCUCCAUCCGCUACAAGACCCUCACCGACCACGAGCCGCCCGGCAUCGUGAGAGUGGAGGCCCACCCCGAGAACAACCGGCCGCCCAUCAUCCAGAUCCCCUCCACUGCCGCCGAGGGCGAGGGCAGCGGCUCCUGGAAAUGGAAAGCUCCGGAGAAGGGCAGCCUGCGCCAGACCUACGAGCUCAACGAUCUCAACCGGGACUCGGAGAGCUGUGAGUCCCUGAAAGACAGCUUCGGCUCCGGAGACCGCAAGCGAAGCAACAUCGACGCCAACAGCGAGCAGCACCACCACCACCACCACCAGGCCCUCACCACCAUCCGCGUCACGCCCGUGGAAGGCAGCAGCGAGCUGGUCUCAGAGACGCUGUCCAUCUCCUCCUCCCGCGACUCCACCCUGCGCAGGAAAGGCAACAUCAUCCUGAUCCCCGAGCGAAGCACCAGCCCCGAGAACACCAGAAACAUCUUCUACAAAGGAACCUCCCCGACGCGGGCGUACAAGGACUGA